CUCCUUCCUUCAUCCUUUUGGUCUCCCCUCCCCCCACCCUUUUCCAUUCAAUUCUUGGCCCUGUCUGCCUCUCGCCAGCGGACUGACCAUGUCUGGUGGCUCUGUCGAGAAGCAGACCGGUCCUGCGGGGCCCCGCUUCCUCUCGCCACCGGCUGUGCCCCCCAAAAAUGGUUCGAGUUCGGAUACUUCAGUCGGGGAGAAGCUGGGGGCUGCCGGGAGUGACCCCGGCGCCGGCAGGACUGAAGAGUACCGGCGGCGCCGCCACACGAUGGACAAGGACAGCCGAGGGGCGGCCGCGAACACAACCACCACGGAGCACCGCUUCUUCCGGCGGAGCGUGAUCUGCGAUUCCAAUGCCACGGCCUUGGAACUGCCCGGCCUCCCUCUGUCUUUGCCCCAGCCCGGGGCCGCAGCAGCCGCAGUCGCAGCCGCAGCCGCCCCCCCGCUGAGUCUUGCCCCGGAGCCCCACCGGGAGGAGCAUUCGGCUGCCCCAGCCACGUCUCUGGCGGCCCCACAGCCUCCGGCCACCGCUGCCCCUGCGGACCAUCCCAACGGCGGCCCGGCCUCUGCAGCUGGCCGCGACCCCACCGUCAAGCAAGCCCCAAGUACUGCCGUCUCCAACCAUGUGGGCAGCAAAGAGGAGCCUGCGGCCGCCAGCAGUGGCAGCGGCGGCGGCGGCAGCGGGGGCAGCAUCCGGGAGCAAGAGGAACGGAGCCAGCAGCAGGACGACAAUGAGGAGCUGGAGACCAAGGCUGUGGGGAUGUCCAACGAUGGCCGUUUUCUCAAGUUCGACAUUGAGAUUGGCCGAGGGUCUUUUAAGACCGUCUACAAAGGCCUGGACACCGAAACCACCGUUGAAGUAGCCUGGUGUGAACUGCAGGAUAGAAAGUUGACAAAGUCAGAACGGCAAAGAUUUAAAGAGGAGGCUGAAAUGUUGAAGGGCCUUCAACACCCAAAUAUUGUUCGUUUCUAUGAUUCUUGGGAGUCUACUGUAAAGGGAAAGAAAUGUAUUGUUCUGGUGACUGAACUUAUGACAUCUGGAACCCUUAAAACGUAUCUAAAAAGGUUUAAGGUGAUGAAGAUCAAAGUUCUGAGAAGCUGGUGCCGUCAGAUUCUGAAAGGGCUUCAGUUUCUUCAUACCCGAACACCACCUAUUAUUCAUCGGGACCUUAAGUGUGACAACAUCUUUAUCACUGGCCCAACAGGAUCAGUCAAGAUUGGAGACCUGGGUCUGGCAACUCUGAAGCGGGCUUCUUUUGCCAAGAGUGUGAUAGGUACCCCAGAGUUCAUGGCCCCUGAGAUGUACGAGGAAAAAUAUGAUGAGUCCGUUGACGUGUAUGCUUUUGGAAUGUGCAUGCUUGAGAUGGCCACAUCCGAAUACCCUUAUUCUGAGUGCCAAAAUGCUGCGCAGAUCUACCGUCGGGUGACCAGUGGGGUGAAGCCAGCCAGCUUUGACAAAGUAGCAAUUCCUGAAGUAAAGGAAAUUAUUGAAGGAUGCAUACGUCAAAACAAAGAUGAAAGAUAUGCUAUCAAAGACCUUUUGAACCAUGCCUUCUUCCAAGAGGAAACAGGGGUACGAGUAGAACUAGCUGAAGAAGAUGAUGGUGAAAAGAUAGCCAUUAAGCUGUGGUUACGAAUUGAAGAUAUUAAGAAGUUGAAGGGGAAGUACAAGGACAAUGAAGCUAUUGAGUUUUCCUUUGAUUUGGAGAGAGAUGUCCCAGAAGAUGUAGCUCAAGAAAUGGUAGAAUCAGGGUAUGUUUGUGAAGGAGAUCACAAGACCAUGGCCAAAGCCAUCAAAGACAGAGUAUCCCUGAUAAAGAGAAAAAGAGAGCAGCGGCAAUUGGUAAGGGAAGAACAGGAGAAGAGAAAGCAAGAAGAGAUCAGGCUAAAGGAACAAGUUGAACAACCAACAACUGUUUCUCAGGCUGGGACCAAACCGAUUCCUUCUACCACUGGCACAGUUACUGUCUCUACCACAUCAGCCUCAGUUUCCACCCAAGUGGAGCCUGAAGAACCAGAGGCAGAUCAGCACCAACAACUGCAGUAUCAACAACCUAGUAUAUCUGUGUUAUCUGAUGGAACAGUUGACAGUGGACAGGGGUCUUCAGUCUUCACAGAAUCUCGAGUGAGCAGCCAGCAGACUGUCUCAUAUGGGUCUCAACAUGAGCAGGCACUCUCGACAGGCACGAUCCCAAGCUAUACAGCUUCUGUUGUUCAAGCACAAUCCCAGCCCCAUGGUGUAUAUCCUUCCUCCACAGUGACACAGGCACAGAGCCAGAGUCAUCUGGCUUCAAGUAACUUAACUGGGAUUCCAUCUUCCCAAACAGCACAACAUGCACAACAGGGUGUACAACAAGCAGCCCCUUCUCAGCAGACAGGGCAAUAUCUUCUUCCCCAGUCAGCAGCAUCUGGUGUGGCUACAACUGCACAGCCAGUGACUCAGCCUCAGCUUCCACAGGUCUUGCCAAUGCCUCAAGUAUCAGUUGGGAAACAGCUUCCUGUUUCCCAGCCAUUAUCGACCAUCCAAGGCGAACCUCAGAUACCAGUUGCAGCACCUUCCCUUGCACAACCCUCAGUUACCCCAUCUCUCUCUGGUGCUCACUUCCUUCCCGUGGGCCAGCCAGUUCCAGCAUCUUUACUCCCUCAGUUCUCAGUCUCUCAGAUUCCCAUAUCAACUCCUCAUGUCUCUGUGGCUCAGACAGGUUUCUCAUCCCUGCCAAACUCUAUGGCAUCUGGUAUUAACCAGCCUCUGCUCACCUUGGCCUCAUCUGCUGCAGCAGCUGCUAUCCCUGUGGGAUCAACUGUGGUCCCUAGUCAGCUUCCCACUCUUCUGCAGCCUGUGACUCAGCUGCCAAGUCAGGCUCACCCACAGCUCCUUCAGCCAGCAGUUCAGUCCAUAGGAAUACCAGCUAACCUUGGACAAGCUGCUGAGGCUUCACUUCCCUCUGGAGAUUCUCUAUACCAGGGCUUCCCACCUCGACUGCCACCUCAAUACCCAGGAGACUCAAAUAUUAUUCCCUCCUCCACCGUGGCUUCUGUUUGCGUUCCUUCUACAGUUUUGUCCCCUCCCUUGCCCACGGAAGUGUUGGCUCCACCAGGGUACCUUCCUGCAGUUGUGCAGCCUUAUGUGGAGCCAAGUGUUUUAGUUCCAGUGGGUGGUCUAGGAGGACAGGUUCAAGUACCCCAUUCAGCAAUGAGCUUAGCACAGCAGGCCCCCUCUGCUGCACCCUCCCAGCAAGCAGCUCUGGAGCAGAAUGACAUGCCAAUGUGGGGGCCUUGUUGCCACUGGCUGUUCUGUUGGGAAAGUACUCAAGGUGUUUCCCAGUCAAGUCCUCCAGAACCUGUGCCAACAGCACAGCCACAGACCACCACAUUGGUCUCCUCUAUAGAUAGUGCACAUUCAGAUGUUGCUUCAGGUAUGAGUGAUGGGAAUGAGAAUGUUCCAUCAUCCAGUGGGAGACAUGAAGGGAGAACUACAAAACGUCAUUAUCGGAAAUCUGUACGCAGUCGUUCUCGUCAUGAGAAGACUACUCGCCCCAAAUUGAGAAUUCUUAAUGUAUCAAACAAAGGAGACAGAGUAGUGGAAUGCCAGUUAGAGACUCACAACCGGAAAAUGGUUACAUUCAAAUUUGACCUGGAUGGUGAUAAUCCUGAAGAGAUAGCAUCAAUUAUGGUGAACAACGAUUUUAUUCUAGCAACAGAGAGAGACUCAUUUGUGGAUCAGGUGCGAGAAAUCAUUGAAAAGGCUGAUGAAAUGCUGAGUGAGGACGUUAGUGUGGAACCAGAAGGUGACCAAGGAUCAGAGGGCUUACAAGCAAAGGAUGACUACGGCUUUUCAGGAUCCCAGAAAUUGGAGGGAGAGUUCAAGCAACCAAAUCCUGCAUCUUCUGUGCCUCAGAGAGCAGGUGUUUCCUCCAGUUCCUUAACUCAAGUUGUACAUUCAGCUGGACGGCGGUUCAUAGUGAGUCCUGUGCCAGAGAGUCGGUUACGAGAAUCAGUGUUUUUCACCGCUACAUCCAGUGAAAUGUCAGACAUAGCUGCCGUUGCUCCAUCCCAUGGCCCUGUAAUGAAUCUGUCUCAUUCUGCUUCAUCCCUUAGUUUGCAACAGGCAUUCUCUGAACUUAGGCAUGCUCAAAUGGCAGAAGGACCCAGUACAGCUCCCCCAAACUUCAGCCAUGCAGGACCAACCUUUCCAACUGUACCUCCCACCAUGACUAGCAUGGCUGUAGUCUUCCCUCCCACAGCAACAGCUGUGCCUUCAGUAUCAGUCCCUGCAACAAGUAGCCCUUUUAAUAGUGUUUCUGCACCAGUCAUUCAAUCUGUGGUCACCAUGCCUACUGAAAAGGUAAUUGCAGGAGUUGCCUCCAGUGCAGGUGUAUUAACUUCAAGCUCUUUCCCUGUACCACAAGUGUCUGGACCACCCUUAAUUACCAGUGUGGUUUCCAGCAUUACUAUUCCUGCAGGUGUGUCAUUGUCUACUACAACUGAAUCAAUUCAAGCCCCACCAGUUGGGGCAGUUAUGUCUAGUGCUGGCACUUUUCCUCCUGCAGCAGUAUCAGUACCUCCAGUUCCUGGAAUAGGCAGUGCUGUUCCCCCAGGUGCUGUCACCCCAGCUAUGACUUCUCAGCCUACCCAGAUUGCAGCAAGUAUAGCUAUAGCAACCACCCUGGCUUCCGCAUCUACCACCACUCCAUUCCCAAGCACGGCUUUGCAGCCACCUCUUCAGCUCAGUAGCAGCAGCUCUGCCCCUAGUCUAGCUGAAACAGUGGUGGUUAGUGCACUCCAUCCCAAGCAUGAUGGCACACAUUUAUCAGAGAAGCCACCCCUUAGCAGUGUUGUGGGGCUAUCCCUGCCUGUAUCUGUAGCUUCGUCUUCCUCUGGAGCCGGUAUAUCUGAUUCAACUAAUCAGCCCAGUGCAGUGCAUCCUUUGCAAGUCCCAUCUGCUGUUGCUUCUCCUCCUGUCCUUUCACAGGCAGGAGGGGCCAUCUCCACCCCGGUGUUGCCGCAGGUACCUUUACCUGGUAUCCUGCCCCUAGCACAGCCUGUUACCAGUGUACCUGCUGUACAGCAGACAUUAAUCCAUAGUCAACCCCAACCAGCUUCACUUCCCAACCAGCCCCACACCCACUGCCCAGAAAUAGAUACUGAUACACAACCCAAAGCCCCUGGUAUUGAUGAUAUAAAGACUCUGGAAGAAAAACUGCGGUCUCUCUUCAGUGAACACAGUUCUGUUGGAGCCCAACAUGCCCCUGUCUCACUGGAGACGUCAUUGGUAGUGGAGACCACAGUCAUGCCAGGCAUCCCAACCACUGCUGUCGCACCAAGCAAGCUCAUGACUUCCACCACAAGUACUUGCUUACCACCAAGCAGUUUGCCUCUAGGAACAACUACUGGUUUGCCAGUUGUUACACCAGUGGUCACACCCGGGCAAGCUGCCACUCCAGUCAGCUAUGUUCCAGCCUCUACCAGCAUUGCAGCAGGGGUGAAACCUGGAACGCCUCCCUCAAAGCCACCUCUUACCAGGGUACCGGUGCUGCCGGUAGGUACUGAACUUCCAUCUAGUACCCCACCCAGUGAGCAGCUGCCACCUUUUCCAGGACCUUCACUAACACAGUCUCAGCAACCUCUAGAAGAUCUUGAUGCUCAGUUAAGAAGAGCCCUUAGUCCAGAGACUGUCCCACUCACAUCUUCAGUUGCUCCCACAUCAGUUGUGGCUCCAACAUCAGCUGCUGGGGCAGUGCCAGUGGUAGUACCAGCUCAGAGAGCAGCUCAGAGCAUAGAGGAUAAUACCAUAAUGACCGGCUCAGAGGCCAGUGUUCUUAAGAUGGGCCGGUUUCAGGUAUCAGUUGCAGUAGAUGAUUCCUUGAAGGAGAGCAGAAGUAAGUCAGAAGAAGUAAAGUCUGUACAUUUUGAAUCAAGCACUUCAGAAUCCUCAGUGUUGUCAAGUAGCAGCCCAGAAAACACUCUGGUGAAGCAGGAGCCUGGUGGAAUUGCCACAGCUCUAUGUGGCACCUCCUCAGAUGUGGUCGAUGGUGUUCCUUCUCAGAAAAGUUCUGCUACACAGACAAAGCCAGAAGCCGAGCAGCCCACCACAGUUGGCCGUUUUCAGGUGACACCUACAACAGACAAAGUUGGCCGAUUCUCUGUGUCAAGAACUGAAGACAAGGUCACCACUGUGGUGGAGAGAGAGCCCCCUGUGACACACCCUUUAUUGGAUUCUGAACAGGCUGUUCCUUCUGCUGUAGCACCAAAGAAAGAAAUGCCCGAACUGUCAGAGCCAAGCCACCUUAAUGGGCCAUCUUGUGACCUGGAAGCUGCCUUCCUAAGUAGAAAUAUGGAUGAUGGUUCAGGUAGCCCACAUUCUACUCACCAUUUGGGCUCAAAAGGCAGCCUUCCCAUCCAGAGCCUUAGCCAGAGCCUUAGCAAUUCAUUCAACUCCUCUUACAUGAGCAGUGACAAUGAAUCAGACAUUGAAGAUGAGGACUUGAAGUCAGAACUACGUCGGUUACGAGAAAAGCACCUUAAAGAGAUCCAGGACCUACAGAGUCGCCAGAAACAUGAAAUCGAAUCUCUGUAUACCAAAUUGGGCAAAGUACCCCCUGCAGUAAUCAUUCCCCCAGCUGCUCCACUCUCAGGGAGAAGAAGAAGACCCACUAAAAGCAAAGGCAGCAAGUCUAGCCGAAGUAGUUCUUUAGGAAAUAAGAGCCCCCAACUUUCAGGCAACCUGUCUGCUCAGAGUGCAGCUUCAGUCUUGCACCCCCAGCAGACACUCCACCCUCCUGGCAGCAUCCCAGAGACUGGGCAGAAUCAGCUGUUACAGCCCCUUAAACCAUCUCCCUCCAGCGAGAACCUCUAUUCAGCUUUUACCAGUGAUGGUGCCAUUUCAGUACCAAGCCUUUCUGCUCCAGGCCAAGGGACCAGCAGUACGAAUACAGUGGGAGGAGCAGUCAAUAGCCAAGCCCCACAGGCCCAGCCACCCAGCAGAAAGGGCACAUUCACAGACGAUCUACACAAGUUGGUAGACAACUGGGCCCGAGAUGCCAUGAAUCUCUCAGGCAGGAGAGGAAGCAAGGGACACAUGAACUAUGAGGGCCCUGGAAUGGCAAGGAAAUUUUCAGCACCUGGACAGCUCUGCAUCUCCAUGACCUCUAACCUGGGUGGCUCUGCCCCCAUAUCUGCAGCAUCAGCUACCUCUCUAGGUCACUUCACCAAGGCUAUGUGCCCCCCACAGCAGUACAGCUUCCCAGCAGCUCCCUUCAGCACUCAGUGGAGUGGGACAAGUGGCCCAGCACCACCACCCCUCAGCCAGUUCCAGCCUGUAGGGACUGCAUCCUUGCAGAGUUUCAACAUCAGCAGUUUGCAGAAAUCCAUCAGCAAUCCCCCAGGUUCAAACCUGAGGACAACUUAACCAGAUCUAUACACGGGACUGGGUAGACUUGGGGGGGGGGCGAGAUAGCCUAUAUACUAACUACUAUGCUGCAUAUAACUGGUUGUUUCUUGCCAGAAGAAUGUUUCUAACCACCAUACUUAACCCUCAGGAUGGAGAAUCUCCCUUCUUUCCCUAUGUCUUGGAGGCACAGGGAAAAAGCAGUUUCUUAUAAAGGGUCAGCUUCUUAUUAAGCUUCUCUGCUUCUCUGUAUCCAACAGCCAGGGCAAUGAAAGAGAGAAGCCACUGGAGAUCUCAUUAUCAAAGCAAACCCACAUGUGCUCUGAGGGUCAAAGUCCUAGCAUGAGGCUUAAUAGCACACUUGAUGUCUUGCCCUAAAUCUCUUCCCUACAGUUACCUGCCCUCUACCCCAAGAGUCCAGACCACAGGAUAAAAAUUUGUUGGGAUCUUUCUUUCCCACCAUUCCCUUUCAACUAACCUUCCUUGGAGCCCAGGCACUGGGGAGCUUAAGCAGAAUGGAGUUGCAGCUCUUGCUUUAAAAUAGGUCAUACUGCUUUUAAGUAAACAAUAUUAAUAGCUUUGACUGCAGCAUUAGCCAUUUAAAUUGUUUUUUUUUUAAAGUUCCCUGCGGACAUGUAACUUUGCCAUCAGUUUUGAUGUGGAAACACUGUGAUAUAUAAAUGUUGUUGGACAACAGUAGUUAAGAGUGGAAUAUAGAGGGUUAAAAAAGUUCAAAAAAAGCUAGCUAUAUCCGUAUACUUAUUGGAGACACUUUAACUUUUUCCUUUGUAUUUCCAUUGUAUUAGAUAAAUAAAUGUGAAUGUAAAAUUGUAAAAUUACUGUACUUGAAUACUUGUCUGUUCUCCCAGUAUUGCUUGCUGGACAUUUUAGUGCCUUGGACUUCUAUUGCUUCUGCAGUUUAGCAUCAUCUUCCCAGCAGACCCCAGCCAGAGGACAGGUUGAAAGAACCUUUAGGUCCAUGUGGUCCCGAAUUAGGUAUACCACCGGGCAAACCAGUACCAAAGGGUACUUUUAAACCACCAGGAAACUUUGCCCAAAGCAGGUCUUGAAAGAGGGUGGGAGGGGUUAUGUUGAGAAAGUUGGUUGGAGGCAGGAGUAUAGGGGGGAAAGUGAUUUUAACUAUAUCGAGCAGUUAGGUUGAGGUCCUAGGGAGUGGUAUGUAUUAAGUAGCAGAAAGAAAAGUUUGAAGGAUGAAGAGGAAGCUUGUUUAUAGGUAAUCAUAUCUGCUAGCCAAGCUCAUUACUUUCAGGAGCCUUACUUAUUAUUCCAGAGUAAGACCAGAGAAGGCAUCAGAUGGAGAGAGUACUGUCUGGUUAAAGUUGAACUUAAGGGUUGACUUGGUUCUUAAGCUAUCAAGUGGUCCUGAAGGGGCAAAAAAGAAGAGGGGAAAGUUGCUUGAGGGAUAGCUGCUGGGACUGUUUUCCUUUCCUGUGUACCAGGGUCCUCUUAACCUGGAACAAUAACCAUUGCUGCCAUUGGAGGCCCUGAAACCACUUCUACUUAUGAAAUAAAAAACUAAUUUUUCCCAUUCCUCCUUUCUUUGAGAUGCCCAAGUGCUAUCAAAAACAUAACUUAUUGUGCCACCUUUUAUACAUUUCUACAUCUACUUACAAUUUCCUCUCAUCUUUUCAUUCAGAAAAAAUAAGAAUUCCCUGAAUAAUACUGCAGUAUUACUCAAUGCUGCAUCUAGCUAUGUUGGGGUUGAGUCACAUGUCAUGGUCUUGUGCAACUCCAGAAUAUUCAAGGCUCCAAGGGGAGAAAAAAAAGACUUGCCUAAUUAUUUGGUAUUUCUGCUGUCAAUAGACAUAUGGAAGGUACUUGGACUUCUAUUUCUGUGGGUGCUUCUCUGAUCCCAUAAUAAAGGGGAGAGAAAUGUUUCCAACCCCUGAUCCAGUUUUGAUUUACAGCAGAGGACACCUUGUAAAACAAAAACUUGAUCACAUGUGGUGGCAAGAGUAGCUAUCCUGCAUGUUCUUUGAAUGAUCUAUUUUCUGAGUUAAAUGGUAUACGGCUAUAAAACUGCAAAGUAAACAGCUAAAUUAUUUAGGGAAACAGAAAAGGGUGGGAGGGAUGGUAAACCUUGAUAACUAUAUAACAUUUUGCUUUUUUUUUUUUUUAAUUCUGAGAAAAAGGCUUUGCCUAAAAUGGGGGGGGGGGUGACAGGGUAAGGAUGGAAUAAAAAAGAUCCCAAUAACUGAGAAAUGAGCCAUCUAAUAGGACGAAAUAGGAGAGGUGACAACAUUCUGCCAGAAGAACUGGGCAGCCAAAUGCAGCACAUAGUUAUUUAACUAUUUUGGUUUAAAAGUUGGAGGGGCUUUUCACUUACAAAAACAUUUACCAGGUUAAACAUUUACCAAGAACUGGUCUUUAUUUGCUAUUGAUUUCCCACCUGUGGAUGAAAUAACUGAAACCUAGAGGAAUAAACUAAUGCUACUGAACUGUUUAAAUUAUUUUGUGUUAAUAGUACACUUUGAGUAUCUUUUUCCACAUUAAAAAAAAACUUGUUUCUUAAUUACAAAUGUUUUCUUUACAUUAUUUAACAAUGUACACUGUAAAAAAAAUAAAUAAAAUGAAUUCAAACCUUGGGGGUUUCUGAGCAGCCAUUAAUUGUACAUUUUGCACUAACUGGCCGUCGCACUUCUUGUAAGAUUGCGCUUUGCGCUGCAGUUUGUUACCUUUGUAGACUUAUUUAAUGAAACCAUUCAAAUAAACCAAACUUGCUUUUGUUGA